AUGCACCGAUGGCGGAGCGUUUGCGCGCUAGGGACGGGAGGUUUUGCUCUGUUGUACUGGCGCCUACGACUAGCAGGCGCACCUACGGCUUUCGCAGCCGCAGAUAACCCCGCCUCGCGAGAUCCCUCUAUUCUUACUCGCAUCUAUACUUUCGCUUAUCUCCCUGUCUUCAAUUUCUUCCUCCUUUUGUACCCAUUUCACCUAAGCUUCGAUUGGUCGAUGGAUUCGAUACCAAGAAUAACGAGCUUAUUCGAUGCAAGAAAUAUUGUCACCGCCAUGUUCUACGCCACUAUUUCAAAAGUAACUUGGCGAACAUUAAUGAACGAAUUUAAAAAGCACCAGGACAAUUUCGUUCGAGAUGCAAAGUAUUACAAAAAACAAAAUUGUAAAAUUAAGCACAAAUGGAAUUACAACUGCAAACAGUAUAAUAGAGGACAAGACUGUUACGAAAGGAAAAACUAUCAUGCACCGCACAAAGAGAAUGUAUCAUCUAAAAAGCUAUUGUGCCCGUGCACUGGGUGCAAACAUUCACUCACUGAGGAACACACGAGCGUGUGUAGAGCUAGCAACAACAACAACAUAACGAUGCACAAUUCUAGUUGCAUCUGUCCGGUAUCGUUUGUGAAAUCCAGGGCAACUAGUACGCAAAAAAGCGUUUAUAGAAGUCCCCAAGUUGCGUUUCUAUUGUUUAUGGCGUUUAUGGUACUGCCAUUCGUGCCUGCGACUAAUUUACUUUUCUACGUUGGCUUUGUAGUGGCAGAGCGCGUUUUAUACAUACCAAGUGUUGGUUUUUGUUUAUUGCUGGGCCUCGGCGCUGGUGUCUUGACACGGCACUGGCACCACGGUGAGAUAAAGAGCCGUCUGUUCCUGUUGGCUCUAUUAGUGGCAUUGUGUGCGAUGUGCGGCUAUACGCUGCGUAGAAACCUGGAUUGGCGCGAUGAGGAAAGUCUCUUCAGGAGCGCCUUGCAUAUCAACCCUCCAAAAGGUAAGUGUAAAUAUAUUUCAGAGUAUUUAUGA